CUCGGUGCGACCUCUAUUAACAAGAACGGGCGCGAAUUUUUGAAACUUUUUUUAGAAGAAUUAUUUUUUUUUUGUGACAAUUGUGAAUUAUUUCCAUAAGGUGAUUUGUUUUUGUGUUUGAACUGUUUAGCAUACAAAUUUGGAUUUUAAAGGAUUAAACAGAAGGAAUGUGAAUAAAGAACUACUAGCCAAAUGAAGAUUGAAAUAAUAGACAAAGCUAGAAAAUAAUAAAAUGAUAUACGACAACAAAAAACGCCUUACCUUUCUUCGUCUAUAGCUUGGAAAAAUAUGGAUUGGAUUUUCUCAAAUUCACCAGCCUAACCGUAACAGGAGUUAUGUGCUGCAAACAGAAAAGCGGUUUGUCGAGACUCGGAUUUUUUUUAGGACUUUUAGCGCUAUGUAUUCUUCUCGUGGCUUUCGUGAGUGGUUCGUGGUUGUACACGAAGGAACCUUUACCCUUGGAAAAAGUGGCUCUGAAAACUACGAUCAGUUUUAGAAUAGGAUUGUGGAGGGCGUGUCCGACUGUCAAGAGAAUCAACAGCACAAUACAUGUUCCAUCGCCCGCCUGUUCCCUUGUGAAGUAUGCUGAAUGGAAGGAGAUUACCCAUGCGGACUUGGGAAUAUCGUGGACUCCGUUGGAUUUAGCUCAAGUGUUUAUAACCAAAAUGAGAUCGUGUGCGAUGCUGUGCAGCGCAGCAGUUAUCCUGCUCGUCCUGGCCGUAUUCUUCGGUCUUUUGGGCCAUUGUAACAACGACAAUAAAACCAUUAUAGCGUGCGGACUGUUCAUCCUUGGCGGAUUGUCUCUGGGCUGCGGUCUGAUCACCUUCGUAUCCGCCCUCUCGGAAACUUUGGCCGAGAUUUACGAGUACCAUAAAGACGGACCCAAUGGACCCGACUACGAUUACCGAUAUGGAUGGUGUUUUUUUACCGCUGGAGUAGCGCUUAUAUUGACUUAUGUUGGAUCGGCUUUUUCGUUUGUCGGAUAUUUGAAUCGGUACACUUCGAUAGACGAUAUGGUACGUGAAAUGGUUCCAGGUGCUGACCGUAAGCUCCGCGAACACAAACUCUCAACAGAAUAUCUAAUUCGUCACUCCAACCCUCAUCCUUUAACUCACCCUCAGUACGACCCCAUAAAUACCGAACAGCACAUCCCUUUGGAACAAUACGAAGUCACUGAAUGCGGUCCGCUCCUCAACAAAACCCCUCCGGACGUGUGCACGACGAAUCGCUGUCAAGAUUUCGCAGCUGCAGCUGACCUGUCGAACGCAGGCGCUUUAGAAAUAAAUUUUUGCGGUACCUCGGAUAUGUGUAUCGCGCACUCGCAGUCGUUAGCCGGCCAGACAAUACCGAUUACGAUUAAGAAUCAUAACUCAACGGCUCCGCUUAGUUUCUCGAAUAUUCCCGUAUCUAAGUACGGUACGAUGCCUCAUCCCGGUACUACUUUGCACCAAGGUUUUUUGGGCGUAUCGGACAUGGGUAGUUCUAGUUCGAACAGUUCGAGCGGCUAUUGUGGCAAAAGUAAAACUUUGCAGCACCCUCAAAGGAGGCUGGCGAACAAAAAGUGCGUGAAAAUCGAAUCGUUUCAGCAAGUACCCGAGACCAGCUUCGAGGGUUUCGGUAAACAGAGAACGAACAAUGCUCUAGGGUAUUCGGGUAGUGCGGUAUGACAGGAGGAUGCUCCAGGGGCGGACGUUAUAUUCUAAAAAAAGAUUUUUGUAUUCGAAAUAAUUGUAAUUAUAAUGUAGGUACCAAAUGGUUGUUGAAUUUAGUGGGCGAAUUUUUAAUGUAAGGAUUUAUUUUGGUAUGUUGAAAGAUGUCACAUAUUUGGGUUCGACUUGUAUUUUUCAGGUCCGUUAAUGUAAUUUCAGAAAAAGUAUAAUUAUUACUGGUGCUUGGAAAAAAGUUGCAGAAGUUUCCAUAAUGAACUAUCAGAUAAAAGGACUGUCCCAGUUUUUCUGUUAGUUAUAAAUUUUAGUGUGGUGCCUAUCCAUGACAUCUUUCGUUAUAUUAUUAAUUUUCUUUGACUAACCCAAGCUUAAAAUGUUAAAGAUGUUAAACAAAGUUUUUAGGAAAUAAAUAUACAAGUUGCCUCACUCUCUGUCGGUACAUGAGUUUAUAGACAGGUUGGUUUGUUUUUAUGUGAAUUAUAUCUAUACGUAAUUUAGAAGUUGUUUAUAACAAAGCACCACAUCACCCAUCCUCGAAUUUAUGGUAUCACCUCAUUUUUUAGAACUACAUUUUUCUUUCAAACAUUUCUAUUUUCAAUUAAUUCAGUAAUCAACUUCUAGCAUCGGGUAUUUCAUGUUUGUAGCCAAAUUUCAACAAAUAUGUAUCCAGCCAACCAAUUUGUCUUUUACUCUCUGUUAUCUUGAACUUCGUAAUUCAUCUUAUAUAUUAUUGUAAAGGAGUUUGAGACAAUUUGAAAUUCAUUUAACCACUAUUCACACCACUGAUUCAAUAUGCAACAAAAUCAAUUUUAGAAUGAGCGAAGUUUAUUUGAACUUAAAUAAAUUCUAAAGCUGCCUCACAUCUUCAUCAUCAUCAUCUAUAACAUUUUAAAUAUUUCUUUAUAUCAUCAAUGUUGAAAUUGAAAAACCGAAAUUAUCAUGAUCUCAUCUUUUAGAUUUAAUUAUCCAGCUCUGAUUACUUAUGACCUACAUCAAGAGCAACUUUUAUAUUUAUAUUCAGUAAAUUGUUAGAAAAAUCAUAUCCUGAAUCCCAAGGUAAAUUUGUAUUACGAAUGCAAAAUAGCCACAACAAUUUUUCUAAUAAUACCAUUUGUUGUUAAGUUUGUUUUAUGUUUUGUUGAUAAGCGAAAAGUCGUAGUUUGAACUAUGUCUUGACAAAUCAGAAAUCCCAUAUCUAAACUACAUAAUAAUGUUUAUUGAAAACCUUCAAAAGGUUAUUUUAAUCUCGGAAUUGGAUGUAUUGGACGCAAAGCUCAACUACCUUUGAGCUUUGCCUUCAAAAAAUAUACAUAUUGUAAGUAAUUAACUCUAGAAACAAACAACAAAUAUUUUAUUUGUUUAAAAAAAAAUAAAUAAAUGGAAUAUUAAUAAAAAUAUAUAAACUGUAAAUUGCUGUGAUAA